AUGUCACUGCUGCCCCCACCGCCGGCGCCCACCAAGCGGCUGGUGAGACAAGCAGGAAUUUACUCCGUUGCUGGGAAUACAGCAGCCGUGGGUGACUUCAGACCAGCGUCCCCGGACAGCUUCGAGGACGAUUACGACGACGUGUCCCUGUCGGAGUCAGAUCGUGGCCGCCAGCUGCCGGUGGCCAAGGAAGAUCUGCAGAGCCAGAGGAGCAAAGCAGGCACAGGGGUUUACAUCCUCGCAGGGAAACCGGCGUCUCCAAACCCUUCCCAAAAGGGUGACCCAGAGUCCAGUGGUGGCAGGGGACGGAGCCGCAGGAUGGCAUCGGUCACCGUCCUCUAUGUCCUGGUAGCGCUGAGCUUCGCCGCGUGGGUGCUGUUCUUCACGCUGGCCAUGAUGAAGCAGGUGGAAAUCAUGGCAGAGUUAGAGCUCUUGAAGUCAAACUACUCGGAGAAUCACAUCAAUGUGCGGCAGGAGCUGUCGGAGACCCAACGGAAACAGAUGCGGAUGCAGAGCGGGAUGCACAAAUACUAUGAGGAGUUGCAGGACAUCACAGCGCUGAUCUGCAGAUCCAUCCUGGACAACAAGAAGUGCUCAGCCGGUUGGAAGAUCUUCGAGAAGAGCUGCUACUCCUUCUCGACGGAGAUGAUGAGCUGGGCGGACGCGAAGGAGAGCUGUGCCGACCAAGGCGCUCACCUGGUCAUCGUCAACUCGGAGCUGGAGCAGGAGUUUCUGAAGGACAACAUUAACAGCAGCAGAACGUACUGGCUGGGAGUGACGGAUCAGCUGGAAGAAGGCAUCUGGGUCUGGACUAAUGGCGAACGUACAAGCAUCAGCUACUUCAACACGUGGAAGGAGAACAAAGACAAGGACCAGAAAGACUGCGGCAGCAUCGGGCCUGGCGGCAUCUGGCAUGAUGACCGAUGCUCCCGCUCCAACCACUGGAUUUGCGAAAAGUCCUGGAACUGCUGA